AGCAGAGGCCCUCCUGGUCUCUCCCUCCUUGCCAUGGCAGAGAUGGGAUUUUCCUAGUUUCCCCCGUCCUUACAGAGCAGAGCUGUCCAGCCAGCUGGUUCCCUCUCCCCUCACCCCCCUCCUGGCACUCUGAUGUCACAGGUUUUGUUUUUCCAAAGCAGGGUUGUAAAACUUGUUUGAACACCAGGAAGCCACGCGGGAGCUCCUGCAGGCUGACACUGCAGGCUGAGGCAGUGGGAGAAGCCAAGCCAGUCCAACUCUGAGCAGGAACGAGGAAAGGAAGGCACACGGGCAGGAGGGCUGGCCUCCAGUGGCCUGCAGGUUGUAAGAAACGUGCCCCCGCCACCAGGGCACCAGGACCAUGCGCUCUUGAAUAGUGAGCCCCAAAGCUAUGGGGGUGUUCAACCAAGCAGAGGUGGUUCAUCCAGCUGCCUUGGAAAAGGAUCGACUUCUGGAUGAGCGGAAAUGGAGUCAGUCACCAGAUUGCGAGGGUUCCCCAGCUCAGAGCAGUACCGAAGCAGAUUCCCUUUCUUCUGAAAACGACUCCCAACCAGGGAGCCAUUCCAGUGGCUGCACAGAAGAUGACGAGGCCAGUAGUACGGAGAGCGCCCAAAAUGGGUAUGAGGGUCCCUGUAAUGGAAGUACUGGUUGUCAUCUGAAAGGGGAGCAGCACAUGGGUCUGAGCAAAAUCUCAGCUCUUGAAAACCGGAUCAAGGAACUGCAUCAUCAGAAGAAAGAGUUGAACAUAGAGAUGGACCUGGAAGGUGCCUUGUUGGAAGGGGAACUGAAGGAAGAGAGGCAGGAGCUAAGGCGGGAGGAGGCGCGGCUGCAGGAACUUCAAGGGCGUCUCAUUGAGACGGAGCUUAGAUGCCAUGACGAACGGGAGAAGGAGAAAGCACGUCUGCAACGAGAACGUCACAGGGUAGAGGAGCUGCAGAGACAACAUGCUGAGUCGCAGAUCCACCUAAACAACCAGCCGGAAUCAAUGCGAGAGCGGAUGCAGAGCCAGCUGCAGGAGACAACUGAGAUGCUAGAAGGAGCCCUGAGAUGUUAUGAAGAUCUAGAAUUCCAACAACUAGAACGUGAAAGCCGUUUAGAAGAAGAAAAAGAAGCAACUUGCCAAGCUCUGACUGAAGAGAUCACUCAGUUGCAGAACCGCAUCAAUCAAAGGAAGAAGACUGUUCAGAAGCUGGAAGGCCAAGCCCUUUUAACACAAGAACAAAUGAUGGGUGUGUGCCAGAGAUUUGCACAAGAGGAGGGAGAGGCUGUCAGGAAUCUUAAUGCGGAGAAAAGUCGUCUAAUGGACAUGAGCCAGGAGUAUUCAGAGGAGAACAGGGAGGACUUGCCAGAAAAUAAGGAGGGUGUGACACAGCUGACUUUCACCCAAAAAACGGAUCGGAAGGUCAUUGUCUUGGGCUCCGACCAAUCUGACUCGUCCUGUGUCUUCUCCGUCUCCAGUUCUGUCAAGGGUUCAAUUGGACUGCAGCGGACCGCCAGUCUACCCCGCAGGAGCAGAGAUCAUCUUCCAUCCCGCUCUCCUCCGCGUCCCCUUUCAAUGCAUGGUGCCCUGGAUCCCAGUGUUCUGGUAGCUCAACUCUCCAGUGGGAGCAACAGUCAUUACCUGGGAAGUCCAAACCUCCAAUUCUCACGUUUCAACAAACCCCUUUACCAACUGCUGGGUGGCCAGGCAUCUACCAGGCAGCUGGGAGGAACCUCUCAAGGAGCCUACAGCCUUGGAAACUGUGUCACCAAAUUGGCAGAGAUGGAACGGAGGGUGCGGGAGGCCAUGGCUGAAAGAGAGCGAUUGCUGCAAGAGAGGGAAGCUAAGAAAGUCGCUGAGGAGGUGAGACGUAUGGAAUUAUCCCCUUCAAACAUGAUCCACAACCUCGUGGAGAUCCAGGAACCCAAACCAGCUGCCUUUGACCUGCGCAAACAUCUAGAGGCAUCGGGACAUAGUGUUGACACAUGCCAGCAAGUGAGGGUGACCAGCAAAUCUUGCAAGGGCUACCUAGUCAAGAUGGGUGGGAGGAUCAAGACUUGGAAGAAGCGUUGGUUCACCUUUGAUCGCCAGAAGCGUGUCUUGGCAUAUUAUGCAGACAAAGAAGAGACCAAGCUUAAGGGUGUGAUUUACUUCCAGGCCAUUGAAGAAGUAUACUACGAUCAUCUCCGUUGUGCUUUUAAGAGUCCCAAUCCCAAACUGACCUUCUGUGUCAAGACCUAUGAUCGUCUGUUCUGCAUGGUGGCACCAAACCCAGAGGCUAUGAGGAUCUGGAUGGAUGCAAUUGUCACAGCAGCUGAGGAAAAUACGCGCUAUUGAUGAGCUCUUUCAGAUGAAACGGACACUUAACUCUUCACUUUGGGAGUCGCAUUUCUCUCCGAGGUCUUACUGGUAUAAAUGAUAUCUCCUUCUAAGGGAAAAGCUGGUCAACAAGGGGCCCAGUGGCAGAGGUUGGAUGGUUUCGUGUUUGUUGAAGUCUAACUACCAUAUAGGGCCAGUUCAGUACACAGAGUUGUUGGCUGCGAUUGUUGAUACUUGAAGAUGGAUAGUCUGGAUGUUUUAUGUUGUUUUAAAUGGACCAAUUCAGAAACCAUUUCCAAUCUCACUGCUGGCUGGAGAAGACUUCAAAUGGCAUCUUGGAAGGCAGGCUGUUGUUAUGGAUUCCAGCCAGUUUUGCACAACAUAUGAAUCUAUUCCAAAGAAUUAAAACCAACUUCUCUGGAAGAUGCCCUGAACAGGGAAAGCACGUUGUCUAGAAAUCAGAGGGGAUUUUGCAAUGCUGUAAGUCAGUUGGCUUACAGGAAAUGUUCUUGAGAUACACGCAGGAAACUUUUAUCAGAACUGCUGCUUUCCUCAAUCAGAAGGGAGAACUUCUCCCCAUACUGUAUAGGUUUUGUUAUAUUUAUUAAGUGUUUUGUGUCUUUCCUUAAAAAACCUGGGAACACUGUUUAAAGGGGAGCCAUGUACAAAACCAUGUAUGGAAUAUUUAUUGUAUAAAUCCUUUAAGUGAAAACAGA